AUGACUGAAGACUAUCCAAGAUCGAAGCGUAAGAAGUCCGAAAUUUCAUAUUUACAUCACUUUCAUGUGGAAGUGUUUUAUGUAGUUAUUGAUUUGCAACUUCAGGAGCUCAAUAAUCGUUUUGAUGUUGUGACUAGUGACUCACUCCUUGGUAUGGCUAGUUUGAAUCCGGUUUAUUCAUUUGUUAAUUUUAGUAAGAGCAGAAUAAUGAAGUUGGCCGAAUAUUAUAAAAGUGAGUUUGGUGAUAAUGAACUUCGAGAUCUCAAUUAUCAGCUUGAUAGUUUCAUUGUCUAUGCUGGAGAGUGUGAUAGCAAGUUCCUCAACUUGAAGGAGAUUAAAGAUCUUGCUACAUUGAUGGCACAAACAAAAUUGGAUCAAACUUGUUCUCUUGUUUAUUUGCUUGUAAAGUUGGCUUUGAUUUUGCUUGUUGCUACGGCAAGUGUGGAAAGAACAUUCUCCUCAACGAAGCUCAUCAAAAAUUAUCUACGUAAUAGCAUUGGUGAAGAAUUUUUGAAUGGCUAUUUAGUUUGUAAGAUAGAGCGGAAGAUAUUUGAAAAUGUAAGUAAUGAUGCUAUUAUAGAUCGUUUUCAAAAUAUGAAGUCUCGUCGAGUACAAUUGUAA